GAACAUUCAUCCACUUUAUUGCAUUAUUAACAUUCAAACAUGGAUCACUUCACACUCGAGUCGCAGGUAGCCCUGCCUGGGCCAAGUCAACCCAUUCCUGUGGUAGUUUAUAAGCAUAUCCAUACCUCCAUGCGACUUGUCUUUGUCGAUAUCCCUGGUCCACAGGCCACAGCCACUAUCAUUGUGCCCACCAUUGUUAAAGACUCGCGUGGUCUACCUCAUACUCUGGAGCACCUGGUCUUUUGCGGAUCAAAAAACUACCCUAAUAGAGGAUACCUCGAUUCAUUGGCCAACAGAUGUCUUUCCACUGGUACCAAUGCAUACACUACAGAAGACUAUACAGGAUAUACAAUUGCAACAGCGGGUCGGGAUGGAAUGGCAGAAAUUCUACCAGUAUUUUUAGAUCAUGUACUACAUCCAACUCUUCGUGAUGAUCAGUAUGUCACCGAAGUUUAUCACAUUGAUGGCGAAGGAAAACAACAAGGCGUUGUCUUUUCAGAAAUGGCUGCACGUGAAAACUCGGAGGCUGAUCUGCUAGAUCUAGGUCUUCGUCGUUUAUUGUACCCAAAAUCACAAACAUAUUAUUACGAAUGUGGAGGUUUAACGGCUGAGAUUCCCAAGAUGACUAAUGACGAUAUUCGAGAAUACCAUAAAAAAUUUUAUAACCCCUCCAACAUGAUAAUCGUUGUCGCAGGUGAUGGACUUCAACCAGAGCGGAUAUUCACUACCUUGAUCCAACAACGUAUCCUUUCAGAUGGUACUAGCACUGGGAUUGAUGGCGAUAAUAUAGUAAACUUCGAUAUCAUUCAGGAGAUGGAUAUCUCAAGGGGUCGGGAAGAUGCUCCCAUCAUGAUGAUUCAGAAUCAAGAACAAGACCAGGACCAGGGCUCAAAAAAAGAAAAAAGACUUGUUUCUCGCACAAUUCAUUUUCCAUCUGCAGAUGAAGAUGUUGGAUCGAUCGGAUAUGGAUGGUUGGGACCAGGGACCUCUGACCUUCAUUCUAUGGUUGCUCUUGAUAUUUUAUUCCGGUUCCUGCAUGAGACUUCGGCUUCACCAUUUGCACAGGCCUUUGUGGAGCGUCGGAACCCUAUGGCGAGCCACGUGGAUUUUGAUGUGAAGGGCUGUAUUGAUAGCAGCUUGCUGCUAUUGUUCUCAGGAGUACCAAUUCGAAGAAAGGAUAAUAGUCAAAUCAAUCAGAGGAGCGAGUCACCAAAUUCUGGAAACUAUAAUAAUACAGACACUGAAGAGAGUUCGAGUGACAUUGAGCAGGAUGAUGAUGAGGACCAGUUAGAUGAUGAUGACGAUGAUAAAGAUAGCAAUGAAGAGGGGAAUGUAGGAUCUGAGGAUGAAUAUGGAUCCGAAGAUGAUAGAGAUGAUAACGAUAAUCAACAUAAUGAAGUCAAUGAUAGUGGUGAUGACCUUCAAGCAGAAGCCCAAGAUCUAUACGAACCAGGAUACUUCCAUUCGCAGGUGAUGCAUGUUCUUCAGGAUUUCGUUGACCAUGGGCUCAUGUCUGAUCCUACAGAGAUGUCUCGGAUUAUUGCUCGACAUCGUACCAAGAUUUAUGAAUCGAUCGAAGACGACCCACAUGAGGCAGCGACAGCAUAUUUGGUUCCCGAUAUCCUCGCUUACGCCUAUUUAGAAAAAGACAAGACAAAACCUGCAGCCAUCGGAACACGAGGCAGUAUCUUUGCAAUUAUUGACGAGCUCGAGACCAAGGAACCUUCGUUCUGGAGGAACCUUGCCAAGAAGUGGUUAUUGGACCCCGCUAUGGUAGAAGUCUGUAUGGUUCCAGAUAGUAAACUGGGCAAGACAAUCAAAUCGAUGGUAUCCAAAACCCAGAACGAACUCAUGAAUCUGUUGGGUGAAGAAGGCCUCAGAAAACAAGGACAGAUGGUCGUGGAGGCAGUAGAAGCAAACAAAGUCAAUCUAACGCCAGAGAUCAUCGCCAAGAUGCCUCCAAUUUCAGACGCAUCCAAGGUCCCCACGAUCCCUAUCCGCUCACGAUAUGAACCUACAGGAAUAGAGAGCAAAGAUGAUGCAAGGCCAUUUAAAUUGGUCCAGGUGGUUGAAACAAAUACAUUUUUCACGCAUGUUAAACUAUGUCUGCCUUUGACACACCUGGACGAAGACCUGCGUCCUUACUUGGUUCUUUUCCAAGAACUUAUCUUCCAAUCUUCUUGCACUAUGCCUAAGUGCCUUGUCAAUGAUGAUGGCUCAAAAGAAAUUGUCUUUGAGCCUUUAGAUUAUCAGUCUGUGGUAACCUUAGUCUCCAACACGUUUGUUUCGCACGAGGCAGCCGUUGGUUUUGGGAACGAUAUCUUUGCAUGCUCCUGGUUGUCAGAGCUCUUUGUCUUCGCCUGUUCAGCUGAGAGAUCCAAGUUCAAGGAGCAAUGCGAGCUUUUACUACAAGUGCUCAUGUUCACCCAGUUCACUGAGGACCGUGUCCUCACCGUGGCUAAGAACCUGAUUACCCAAAUCAUGGAGCUCAAGCGAGAUGGCGGUGAUAUGUUGGCGAUGGUCAGUACACGUAUGACAACGCCUGUCCGUGGUUAUGAGACUGCUACAGCAUAUUGUAAAACUCUCCAUACUCCCAUUGGUCUUACCCAGGCUCGACUCCGAUAUCCUGCUCAUUUGGAAUCUGUGACACCGGUCUUGGGCAAUGAUAUGGCCAUCUCUAUAUUCCGUCAAGAACCAUUCUUGAAGAAGCUGGUUCAGGAAAUGAAACAAAGGACUGAUCAGGUCCCUAAGAUCAUACAGAAAUUGGAGUGUAUCAAACAGGCUCUGCUACAGUCCAUGUCAGAAAUCAUGAUGAACUCGACUAGGAACGGAAAUACGCCUGUAGUGGGGUUUGCACAAAUUGGGGUCCCUAUUGGCUUUAGCGGUCAUGGAGCUUCUGGCACAAGUGGUGACAGUUCAGGAACGAAAGAUCCCGUUAGGAUGCUCACAGAUAUCUGGGACCGCACAUAUGAGCUGUAUCAGGCUACAUCAGGAUCCUCAUUGAGGAACAACGGCGCUAUCAUAUCUUCAGAAUCACUCAAAAGCUCCAAAAAGCGCAAACCAUCAGAACCGUUCCACCAACAACAGGAACAACCUAGCGUGCGCAUCUUAAAGGAUGAAGUCGAGACAACCAUUAAGACUUCACACCUGACACUCAAAGAAGAUGGGUUGAAUAAUACUAAUAAGUUUAUUAUCAAUAACAAUAACGAGACUCGUGCCUCUAAUAUUGUUGACGCUGCUGUGGCAUCGAAUAAGACAGGAUCAUUCGUACCAGGGUCCAUUGGACUCCAUCCUUUCCCUUUCCCUAGAACUCCUUAUCGUCCCCUGGUAACAGCGGCACAUGCAGAUGAUGAUCAUGAUAUGCAACAGGACUCCAGCCAUUCAUCGUCUGUGUCUAGGUCAGGGCCUGCGCCUAACAGUGUCUUGAUCCCUCUGAAAUCCAUCACAUCCUCAUACUUGGUCUCGAUCGUGCCUUGUGACAUUGUAUACGAUCCUACAACAGCUUCAGAGGAGACCAUUAUGGAUCAAUACGCAACUCUUCUGCUCUGUGAGGUCUUGUCUCGGAGUGAGGGACCUUUGUAUUCUGCGAUUCGUGGACAGGGAUAUGCCUACGGAUGCUCCAUUUCUGUAUAUUUAUGGACGGCUCAGAUGGCGUUUGAGGUCCGAGAUGCUAUGGACCCGAUUAAGGCUUAUGAUGCAUUUUUAGAUAUCAUUCGUAGAAUGGAUACGGAUUGGGAACAGGUAGUCGGGACAGUGUUUGAGAUGGAGACCGCCAUGGCCUCUCAGGCAUAUCAGACAUGUAUGGAGCGCGCUACUGCAGGUGGGGCCUUAUCUUGGGUCCUUCGAGGAGCUAUUCGGGGCUAUACAUCAUUGGAGGAGCUGAGCAUGAGCGGCAACUACCUCUAUAAGGUCAGUGCCCUAGAUCUGAAGCGUGUUUAUAGAAAGUACUUUAAGCAAUUCCUGAAUGGCCAUGAGGGAUUGACUACCGUUUUGCUGACUCCUCCUUCGCCUCCAGAGUCAAUCAAAACUCAUUUUGCUCAAUACGGUAUCGAUUUCAAAGAAGCGACGCUUAAAGAUUUUGAAAUUGAACCAGCAUUUGAUUUUGUCCCGGUCAACACUCCUUCUUCCUCCCGAAUCAUUUCGCCUGCAGGGACCACUCCUGGCUCCCCAUUAUCAUCCUCUUCCUCAUCCGUUAUUUAAGAUGAAACUAUAAUAGAUCUUGUUUUGUUUUUCGACUAUAGUCAAAGCGAAUACAGCAUUUCCUCGUGAUUUUUUUUGCAAAAGUUUGUUUUGUACUGAACGGUGGAGUUGAACACAGACAAUGUAUUAUAUUGAACGAAGUGACUGAAUAAAGCGAAG